CUUCGAGAAAAACAAAAACAGUCGCGAGCGUCGGGGCGCGCGGCGCCGCUCGGACCGGAUCGCGGUAACGGCGCAGGCGCAGCCAGGCCGGGCCGGGGCGGGGGAGGGGGUGUAGCCAGGGCUGGGACCCAGUGACCGGUCGGGCGACGAGCUUCGAUCGCCUCCCGUUUUCUCCUCCCUCCCUCCCUCCCUCCCUCCUUCCUCCCUUCCCUUUUGGUCGCCUUAUAAUGGAGCAAUGUCUCAACGUGGAGAGGGAGCUGGAUAAAGUUCUGCAGAAAUUCACCUCGUACGGGCAACAUUGCGACCGGACUCUGGAGGAGCUGAUCGAAUACACGAGCGGUCUGAGGCAAGAGCUGAGCCAGACCGGUGGUCAAGAUGUUGAGUUAUCGGGGACCUUAUCGCUUGUUUUGUCUCAGUGUUGCAAAAGAAUAAAGGACACAGUUCAAAAACUGGCCUCUGACCACAAGGACAUUCACUGCAGUGUUUCACGUGUCGGGAAAGCCAUUGACCGGGUCUUUCGGCAUGUUUCUCCAUUCUUUAUACUUACAUUUGAUGCCAAAUACAGCUCCUUUUAUCCACGAAUGGGACAGAAUUUUGCUACUAAUCAGAAUUUUGAAGCUGAUAUCAGUGGAAUGGCAAUAGAAGGAUGCUGGCAAACUGAUAGCCAGCUACUUCUCAGUGAAGUGAUGGUGGAACACUUCUUCAGACAAGGGAUGCUUGAUGUGGCAGAGGAACUCUGUCAGGAAGCUGGCUUGUGUAUAGAAGGAAACCAAAAGGAACCUUUUGUGGAAUUAAAUCGAAUUCUGGAGGCACUCAGAAUAAGAGAUCUAAGGCCUGCAUUAGAAUGGGCAGUUUCAAACCGUGAGAUGUUGAUGGCACAGAACAGUUCUCUAGAGUUCAAACUUCACAGACUAUUUUUUAUAAGUCUGUUAAUGGGCGGUACAGAAAAUCAGAGGGAAGCACUUCAAUACGCAAAGAACUUUCAGCCAUUUGCUUUAAAUCACCAGAAAGAUAUCCAAGUGUUAAUGGGAAGCCUUGUCUACUUGAGGCAGGGAAUAGCAAACUCUCCCUACGUGCACCUCUUAGAUUCUAACCAGUGGGCUGAUAUCUGUGAUAUCUUCACCAGGGAUGCCUGUUCUCUCCUUGGUCUUUCGGUAGAAUCGCCUCUGAGUGUCAGUUUUUCAGCAGGGUGUAUUGCUUUGCCAGCUCUCAUAAACAUUAAGGCGGUCAUUGAACAGAGACAGUGCACUGGAGUAUGGAACCAGAAAGAUGAGUUGCCAAUUGAAGUCGACCUUGGUAAAAAAUGUUGGUAUCACUCAAUAUUUGCCUGCCCAAUUCUUCGACAACAGACUACAGAAUCCAAUCCACCAAUGAAACUUGUAUGUGGCCACAUAAUCUCCAGAGAUGCUCUAAACAAAAUGAUCAAUGGAAGCAAGUUAAAAUGCCCAUACUGUCCAAUGGAGCAAGCACCAGCAGAUGCCAAGCAGAUUUUCUUUUAAAGAUACUGUGAUUUGAGAAGUGGCUUUGAAAUUUCGGGCAGUGCAAACUGCAGCAGUUUAUUGUUCUGUUGGACUAAUGCUUACUAAAUUGUAGAGCGGUGUUUACAUGCCGGUGUGUAUUUGAGAAGGAGAAAAAAGGAAAACUACUGGAUAUAAAUUAGUUGCAAUAGGGCUUUUGAACUUGAUCUUGAUAUUUGAUCAAGUGGAUACACCAGCAGUCACCAUUUCAUGCAGUUAUUUUAUAUUGAGAAUACUAGCAGAGCAUUUUUUUAACUUAAAAGAAUAUGUAAUCACAAAUGAGCAAUGCAUUUGAUAUGACUCUUCAUAAUAUUGUCAUUAUAUGAGUUAAAUUUGAUUUUUUUUAAAGUUAUCAAUGUGAUCUUUUACUCUUUAAAAAUAUAGAAAAACUGACUAUGAGUAGACAAUAACUACUGGUAAUGUUUGCAUACCUUUCUAUGUUGGUUUGACUAGGUAGCUUUGAUAUAUUUUCACUUCUUUUGGUCAAAAUUUGACGUAAAGCUCAGCUCAAAUGUUGACUGAGCAUAUAUUAAGCUCCCAGGGUUUAUUUAAGUUUUUUGUAAAUUUAAACAGCAUUUGCAUAGAAUGUGGAUUAGUAAAGUAUUGGCAUGGGGGAAGAAUUGGUGCAUGAAGGAUAGGCGUGUAUGAUUUUUGCUUCAUGUAGACAAUUUAGUUACAUGUAUGGUACCAUGUCCAAUACAUAAUUAUAAAAUUGAAAAAUCUUAUUAAACACAAAUUGUAUACCAAA